CUUAAAAUGGGAUUUUAAAACGAACCCUGACUGUAACCCAAACCGUAACCACAUUGCUAACCUUGUGCCCUAACCUCAAAUUAAGACAAAAAAGCAACAACAAAAAAAACUAAUUUUUACGAUAUAAAUUUGGUUGACUUUGUGGCUAUGUUAUCUAGUGGACACUGGAUUUUUGAGGCAUCAUUUCACUCGCCUUAAUCAAAACGUUUUCAGACGCCUAUUAGUUAGCUAGCUAAAAGAAAGCUAUGCAUAUUUACUUCUGUGGCAGUAUUCGUGGAGGAAGACAGGAUGUGGUUAUUUAUCAGAAAAUUGUGCAGAAACUACAGAAAUAUGGAGAAGUUCUGACGGAGCACGUGAGUCACUGUGAUCUGUCAGAAAAAGGUGAGCCACAUUCUUUAGCACAGACAGUACAGUGUCUGACAGAUCUGUUCUUUAUUUCCCUGUAAGAAUUUGUACAGUUGGCUACCAGUCUGAUCUCAACUUGCUUGUCGUUUGCUGGACUGUUAAGUUUUUAAAAACUCAUUUCUUGCAUUGUGACUAGAAUGUGUGCUGUGGUGGUCAUGAACUUGUCAACAUUUGCUUGAACCUUGCACAUUGACUGUCCUAGGCGAGGAUGCUGUGCAGGAUGGAGAAAAGUUUAUCCAUGACCGAGAUAUGGAAUGGCUUGAGAUGUCUGAUGGUGAGGAAGAGUUGGGACGAGUUUGCCUAGGAUGAAAAUAUUUCAAUGUCUGUUGUCUUGUUUAUUAUAUGUGCAUCUACUCUGUCAGUAUUAAUUGAAAGAAUAGUAUUUAUUUCAGAAUAGCAAAGUUUGGCUCUAUCAUUCAGUUGCAAGUGUAUAGUGCUACUCCUACAGUACUUACAUAUUAGCUCUUGUUCUUGCUAAAAAGUUACCCAUUGCUGAAAGUUACUAAUCUAUACCCAUGUUGCAAGACAAGUUAAUAGUGUUUGCUACUACACAUUGUUUCAAGCUAAACAUUACUCUUCUCUUAUGUCAGUGAUAAUAGCUGAAGUGACACAGCCCUCUCUUGGAGUUGGAUAUGAGCUGGGAAGGGCAAUGGACAUGCACAAGAAGAUCCUCUGUCUUUUCCGGCCCUCCUCUGGAAAAUGUAAGAUUACAGUUUGACUUUGAGAAAAAUUAUCAUAAUAAUAAUUAUCAUAAUAAAACUUUUUUUUACCCCUUUUUCGUGAUAUCCAAUUGGUAGUUAGAGUCUUGUCCCAUCGCUGCAACUCCCGUACGGAAGGGUGAGAGCCAUGCGUCCUCCGAAACACAACCCCGCCAAGCUGCACUUCUUCUUGACACACCGCUCGCUUAACCUGGAAGCCAGCCGCACCAAUGUGUCGGAGGAAACACCGUUCAGCUGGCGACCGAAGUCAGCGUGCAUGCGCCCGCCACAAGGAGUCGCUGGAGCUCGAUGGGACAAGGACAUCCCGGCUGGCCAAACCCUCCCCUAACCUGGACGACGCUGGGCCAAUUGUGCGCCGCCUCAUGGGUCUCCCGGUCGCGGCCGGCUGCGACACAGCCUGGGAUCGAACCCGGGUCUAUAGUGACGCCUUAGACCGCUGCGCCACUCGGGAGGCCCGUGUAAUUGAAUUCUAUAAUAAAUAUCACAGCAAGCUGUAAACAUUUAAACAAUCACACAUUUUAGACAGUCACAACUUGAUGUUGAUUUGAUUACAUUUACAUUUACAUUUGUCAUUUAGCAGACACUCUUAUCCAGAGCGACUUACAGUUAGUGAGUGCAUACAUUUUUCAUACUAUAUUCCAGUCUUUUUAACCUACUGACCUUGUAUGAUAUGGCUUCUCUACCCAUGUCCAGCACUGUCUGCCAUGAUCAGAGGGGCAGUUGAUGGGUCCCUUUUCCAGGUGCAAGAUUACAAAGAGGAGGAGGUGGAGGGCAUCCUGGAAGAAUACUUCAACGGACUCGUCAAAGUCUGUACAUCUAAGGUGCCUUCAAAAGUAUAAGAAGAUAUAUGGUUAUGAUUCCCGCUUUGCUGAUCUACGAGUUUCUCAAUUAAGGACCUAUGUUUGUCAAAAAUGGUUAUGAAUAAAAACAAUUGUAAAGAUUUUAUAGAUA